AUGUCUGAAGAAAACGCCAAACUGAACAUUGCGUUCGUUCAUCCAGACCUAGGCAUAGGUGGAGCAGAAAGACUUGUCGUUGAUGCUGCAGUUGGCAUCCAAUCCAAAGGCCAUCAAGUCACCAUUUACACCAGCCAUCAUGAUAGAAAUCACUGCUUUGAAGAGACAAGAGACGGUACAUUAGAGGUGCGCGUUCGUGGCGAUUCACUGCCUAGAGAUAUAUUCGGCAGAUUGUACAUCAUUUGCGCCAUUCUUCGUCAACUGGCACUCGUCAUGUGGAUUCUAAAGUUUGAAAGAGACGCCUAUGACAUUAUCUUUGUCGAUCAGUUAAGCGCUUGUGUCCCUCUUCUCAAGUGGUUUUCAUCUUCCAGAAUUCUCUUUUACUGCCAUUUCCCAGAUAAACUCUUGACAAAACGUGAUUCUAAACUCAAGGAGCUCUACAGACUACCCAUCGACAAAUUAGAGGAAUGGUCAACCGGCAUGGCAGAUACCAUUACAGUCAACAGCCAAUUCACAGCUGGCAUGUUUAAAAGAUCCUUUCCUGGAAUCCUUAAGGUACCUCGAGUCCUUUAUCCACCCAUCAAUUUCGCUGCAUACGACAAACACGUAGACUUGGCAGAUCCAACAGUGCAAAUCAUUGAAUCACACAAAAAGACGAUCGUCUCAAUCAAUCGCUUUGAAAAGAAGAAGAAUGUGGAAUUAGCAUUGAGAGCAUUCGCGUUGCUGAGAAAGGACGAUCUGAUAUCACCAGAAGAGUUUUCUAAUUAUCGACUGGUACUUGCUGGUGGAUACGAUAAACGUGUUGCUGAAAAUGUAGAAUAUCUUGAAGAACUCAACACAUUAGCCACCAAGACAUUCGGCCUCGAAACCUUCACUCUGUUCCCUUCAUCCACCGAAACCCCUCCUGCUUCAGCACAAGUCAUCUUUCUGUGCUCCUUCAACGAUGCACAGCGCACCUACUUACUGGAUCAAUCCAUGCUCUUGUUAUAUACACCUUCCAAUGAACAUUUCGGCAUCACUCCUGUAGAGGGCAUGUAUGCCUCCAUGCCAGUCAUUGCUGUCAACAGCGGUGGUCCUCUUGAAACUGUCAAAGAUAAGGAAACUGGAUUGAUUUUACCUCCAGAGCCAGCGCUUUGGGCAAAGGGCAUUUGUGAUUUCAUCAAUCAUACGUACGAUGGCGCCGAAAUGGGUAAAGUGGGUCGCCAACAUGUUAAGAGCAAGUUUUCUCUGGAGGCAUUUGCGGAUCAAUUGGAGGAUAUUUUGGAGGAAUUGACAACGGGUGGUAGACCUACUCGUUGGGAGUACGAUAAUCUAGAAUACGCUAUGCGCAUUGUUGUAGCAAUAGGUAUAUUUGUCUGUUGGUACAAGUAUUGGUGA